AUGGAGUUUGUCAAUGGCAACGGGAAAACCAAGAAGUGCAAAAGCUGGGAAAGAAAAGGACUUGCUUCGCUCAACGACUUCAAGUCGGCUGCUGGAACCCACUUUGUCAAGGAGAUGAAGCCUGUGAUUUGCGAAAGUCAAAGUCCUACUAAAACUGGUGAUGGUUGUGAGAGCACAGCAAACGCAGAUAGUCAUCAACCAUCGAAACGAUAUCUAGGGGAUAAGAAAAUCACGCCAAUGUUUAGUGUUCCGCCAAUGGUACGGAAAGGAUUAGAAAUGAUGGAUGUCAAUGGUGGUGCUGGAGGUACGGACAAAACAUUUGUCUUUUUAUAAGC